AUGGAUGACCUUGAUGAGUCAAUCCAGAGCCGUCGCCGGGCAGUCCAGCUCACGCCUGAAGACCACCUUGAAUUUGCAGGGCGGCUCUACGAACUAGCGGAGGUGCUUCGAAUUCGUCCAGCUCACCCCAAAGACCAUCCCGAUUUUAUAGGGAGGCUCAACGACCUAGGAAGUAUGCUUUUAGCGAGCAGUGAACUCACAAGGAAGACGGAGGACCUCCAAGAGGGGAUCCAAAUUUGUCGCCAGGCGGUCCAACUUACACCUAAUGACCACCCUGAUCAUCAACUGAGACUCAACAAUCUAGGAGUGGCAUACCACGUGCUGUAUGAACGAACGAAGAAGAUAGACGAACUCAAAGAAGCCAUCCGAAUCUUUCGUGAAUCCGUUCAACUCACGCCUAGAGACCAUCUUAAUUUGGAGGGGAGGCUCAACAACGAGGCAAACCUCUUUGGUCUGUUGUGUAGACGCACACAGAAGAUGGACGACAUCGAUGAGGCGAUCGAGGACUCUCGCCAGUCACUCAAAGCCAUAUCAGAAAACCAUCCGGAAUAUCCCAGAUGGCUGGACGGCCUACAGCAACUGCUUCAACUACGGUACAAACAGACAGGGGAUACAGAUAGCCUCGAAGAAGCGAUCCGCCUCGCUCGCCAGGCAGUCCGGUUAGCACCUAAAGGUCAUCCUGAUCUUGAUAUUUUGCAGAGUAACCUGGAUGACGUGCUGCAACUGGAGUAUAAACGAACGGCUGGGAGUAGGCCGUUUCACCCGCCUGAGACGCGCAUUAAUAUAGUGGGGGAACCACUGGACAUACAGGGGCGCUUUUUCCGACACUAG